UUGGAUUCUUCUGAUAUGCAAACACACAGAUGGGAUUGCUUUUGGAUUCUUCUUCUUUGUCGCCAAGAAAUUUCAGUUAGAAGGGUACUUCUUUUCAUGCUCUAUGGUUUCGCCUACUCUGGGCCCUUUGGACAUUUUCUCCACAAAUUGAUGGAUAAAAUAUUUAAGGGGGAGAAAGGCAAUGACACUGUUGCUAAGAAGGUGAUCCUUGAACAGAUAACCAAUUCCCCAUGGAACAAAUUUUUGUUCAUGAUGUACUAUGGCUUGGUUAUAGAAGACUUUGAGACCAAAAUCAACCUUCUCAAGCUUGCGCAUUUUGCUGUUAUAAUUUAUCGACAAUAUUCUAAGAAAGAAGCUGCUGUAGGUUAUCUUGGAGGGGUUAUUCGGAAACUUCAAGCCAUAUAA